GGGGGGGGGGAGAAUUCCAGCUGUUUAAGGUAGCACUGGGGUAUCUGGAGAUAAAGAUCUAAAUAGUUUGCAGAACUCUGAAAUUUUUUAAUAUUUGUUCCCCCUGGAAAGAGAAUUCACGAAACAAAAUAAAUAAAAUAGGGAAAACGAUGGGCCAUCGGUUUGUAGAGACGUAUAAGGUAACUCUGGUCUUGGGGUCUUGUUAGUACAGCAUUAUAGCUCGAGGGGUCAAAAAGUUGAGGGUCAAAAGUUUACGCUGUGCGUGACUCAGUCUUGUGUGUAACCCUGAUAGACUGAUGUCAGUGUGAAAAAAAAAAAAAGAAAGAAAGAAAGAAAGAAAGAAAGAAAGAAAGAAAGAAAGAAAGAAAGAAAGAAAGAAAGAAAGAAAGAAAGAAAGAAAGAAGAAAGCAAGCAGGGAGGGGGACGAGGUUGGAGGAAGAGUCUCUGCUUAUGGGCAGAGAUAGGAGAAUAUGAUAGAGAGGUAGGAGAGACCUUCAGCUGCAAGCUGGAGAGGCAGGAAAGAGAUCUGCAGGGUUUGGGGUGGGAUGCUGGUAGAAAAUAAGGUAGAUUGAUUUGGGUCUCCAGUGAGGAAACGUCAAGCUUCUUCUUAGUAUUUUUCUAAGAUAGCCCCUGAAACGCUAUUUGGAGUCAAAUUAACAGAAUAUAAGGGGAAAUACAUUUAUUAAAUCCAAUUACGUGGAGGUCCCCAUAGGAUAUUAACACGAGCAGUUAAAAAAUAAUUUUCAUUCCAGAGUCAAUUUUGUUUGGAGAGGCCUUAAAUUAUACAGAAAAAAAAAAAAAAAUCUGACACGUUUGGUGAAAAUGUGUUCUAACAUUUUUCUUUGGAAGCAUUUCCAAAAUACUUGGAAAGGUGCCUGUAUCCCUCCUCCCCCGGGCUUCCAAGACCAAGCGCCACACAUUUUUUAAUAUGUAGUCGGUAUGAGUGCAAUGCUCAUGGAAAAAAAAAAAAAAAAAAAAAAAAGUCCAAGCUUUACUGUUUGGAUUUCUACCUUAAUAACAUUAAAUCUAUAGUAAUGAUAUAUAGGCGAAAUCAAUGGACUGAUGGCUUUAACUUCUGUGUUAAAAUCUUUAAAUUUCGUCACUUGGUCCAGUUAAAGUAGCUAAUUUUGUUUUGCAGCACACUUUCUGUCGGAAUUUGAAUGAAAUGUUUUAUAUUUCUUCCUGGAAAUGUGACUCCACUCUGGUCAUUGCAACAGUUUAAUGAACUGAUAUAAUAAAUAUUUCCCUUGGCAUUUCAAAGUUAUUUCUACACUGCCAGACUUUGAACCCUCCAAACUCUAAAUAUUAUUUGCACUGGGACUGGGGAAGGUCUUUUCAAUAGCUUCUUAAGCAAACAGUCGAAGCAAGACAAACUCUUGCGGAAAAAAAAAAAAAAAAAAAAAAAAAAAGCCCUGCAAAUUUGUUUCCCCCCCACACCCCCUUGGCUUUUAAAUAUUUUCAGUGACUAAAUACUUAUAACAAGAGUCAUUUUUCUUGGAAGAGAAAGGGAGAAUAUUACAGCCCUGGGAAAGGCGUUCUGGAAAAUCCAUUUGCUUUCCCGAUGCCGAUAUAUUCGUAGAGUAGGUGAAAUUCAAGAGAACGUAAAGCGUUUUGUUUCGCGUGAUAAGGCUCGGGUUUAAUUAAUUGCCAUGAAUUUGCUUGGUAUUUAUAAAAUAUCACUAUAUAAGGGCUACCGUUUAGUUGCAACUUGGGUAAUCCAUCUCUUCGCCCUUGUAAUUACUAUACUUAUCUCUCUAGAACAGUCAUUUCUACUUCAGGUUUAUAGAACAGGUAAUGGAUAGUAAAAGCCAUUUGUUUUCGGAAUAUUAAAACAAGCAGGUAUAAUUUCACGGCAAUAAAAAACACCUCCCAACUUUCCUUGUAAUAUUCACUCCUACAUCAUAACGUUUAACUUUCAAUUUAGGAAUACGAGUCUGCGUGUUCUUUUGAAGUGGGUUCGUUUGGAGGGAUGUAAAGAGAGAGAGAGAGGAAAGGAGGGGAGUAGAGAGGAAGGAAAUUAAAGGUAUCGUUUUCAAGAAUAUUUCUAAUUUGUCUCCUUUGCUCUGGACAGACUCGGUCUGGCCCGGGGGUGAGGGUCUCUAAGUGCCAGACAGGCGCUGCAAACACAAUUCAGAGUGAGUUUUCCUUCUUCAUUUUUUUUUCUUCCCUGCCAGACAAUCAUCUGAACGUGCUUUUAAAUCCCGAUUUACUUUUCAAAUGACCUCUUUAUCACGGGGAGAAACACGGGGUUGGAACUGGCGGUGUAAAUGCAGAUAUAAAGGGUGAACUGCCGCCAGCUCCUCGCAGAGGAGCCCCGCUCCCCCGCGCACACGGCAUUAACCCCCGUCCCUUCACGAGUUUUAAAUGUUGCACACCAUUAGUGAAAUCACAAUCAUAAUUGGUAACAACGAAGCAUCGUUAGUAAUAGAAAGAUACACGAGGAUGACUGGGAAACACGCACGGCUUAAAUGUUGGUGUUCCCAUUGCAAAGCAGGUGUGGGCUGAUUCCCCCUCACCCUGCUCGGCGCACCGCACACCCCGGGUGCGGGAUGGGAAAAGUCGGGCGCUAGGGAAGCUCCUCGGGCGAGAGACCGGCGUAAGGCACGAAGCCGAGGGCUGCGCUCCCCAGAGGGGAGGGAGACAACAGGCAACUGACUCUGCGGGGGGAACAGACCCCGAAAAAUACCUAAACCCAGCCCGAGCCAGAAGGCGCGGGCAGCGCGCGGACAGGGGAGCGCGGAGCCGUGCGCGGAGCGGCGCGGGGCUGGGCUGGGCCGGGCCGGGAUGCGCUGAGCGGGGGCGCGGAGCGGCGCGGGGUGAACCGCGGGUCAGUGCGGCUCUCGGCGGCCGCCGCGCUGCGGACACGCCUCGCUGUUUAACAAAGACUGACAAACUAUGAGAUUAAUACCAAAACUUGCGGGUUUCCCACCCCAAAAUGCUCAGAGGGCCUCCUGGCGCUGCCAGGAGCAGUUCCGCUCGCCUGCGGGGACAAUAGUGGUGUAUAGUGGGGGCGGGGGGAGGGGGCACCAACAAACCCGACCGAAAAAAAAAAAAAAGAGGAAGAAGAAGAAGAAGAAGAAGAGAGAGAGAUAUUAGUGUUCUUAUCGAGAAAUAAUCUCAUUGAAAAGGCAACACGGGGGAGAGAGACCAGAAUAGCCCAGGCUGGAUCGGGUCGGGGUUCUGGGGGGGGGGGGGGGGGAGCGAGGUUUUAGGGGAUUUCGGUCUGAUUCCGCCUGCAAAGCCUUACCAACUUUUGAGGGAGCGUCCUAACACCCUCGGGGAUUACUCAGAGGAAAGACCCCACGUUUGGCCAAGCAAAUCUCCGCAGACCGUCUGUUGGGAAAAAAGCACCCGGAGUUCUACAAGAAUCUUCAGGGGAUAUAAUAAUAAUAAUAAUAAAAUCUGGAUCGUAAAGGUGAAAGCUUUAUAUCUGGGGGAGGAAAGCAAAACCAAAACCCCCAAGCUACCCCCUCCCCCAGAACUCUCACUUUGGAAGAAACCACCCAAACCAUGAGGGCCGUCUCUGGGGCGUUGGAAAAAGGAUGUGGGAGCGAACCAGUUCUCCUUUCUCAAACUCCAUCACAGCCUCGUAUUUGCUGGACCGGACAUCCGAGAAUUGGUCAGCUUCCAAUAGACAGCUGGAAACGGCCUGUCACGUGGCCUUGGGGUGCCAAUGUUCUGCCAUAGGGGUGUCAAGACCCUGGUAGCCAGAAAAAUCAUUUUGGGGAAUCCCAGAGAUGCAGAAGACAACAUACUACGACAGCUCCACGCUCUUUGGGGGCUACUCCUAUGGGAGCACCAACGGGUUCGGCUACGAGGGUCCACAACAGCCCUUCCAGCCAGGCUCUCAUGUGGAGAGCGACUACCAGAGGUCUGCCUGUUCCCUCCAGUCCCUUGGCAACACAACCCCUCACACAAAAAGUAAAGACCUGAAUGGGAGCUGCAUGCGUCCAAGUUUACCCCAGGAGCACCAUCCACCUCCAACUGUCUCGCCGCCCCCAAACCCUGCCACCAACAGCACCAGUAACAACAGCAAUAACCAGUCGGGGAGCAGUAAAAGUGCCCCCAGCAAAGCCAACCUCAGUGCAAAUGCCAGUCUCACCAAGCAGAUUUUCCCCUGGAUGAAAGAAUCGAGGCAAAACUCCAAACAGAAAAACACUUCCCCUAGCACAGCAGAAACCUGCAGUGGCGAGAAAAGCCCUCCAGGCUCCUCGGCCUCAAAGAGAGCCCGCACAGCCUACACCAGCGCUCAGCUGGUGGAGCUGGAGAAGGAAUUCCACUUCAACCGCUACUUGUGCAGGCCCCGCCGUGUGGAGAUGGCCAACCUGUUGAACCUCAGUGAGAGGCAGAUCAAGAUCUGGUUCCAGAACAGGAGGAUGAAGUAUAAGAAAGAUCAGAAGUCAAAAGGCAUGGGGUCUUCUUCUGGAGGGCCUUCCCCCACCAGCAGCCCGCCCCAGCCAAUGCAAUCCUCUGCCGGAUUUAUGAAUGCCUUGCACACCAUGAGCAGUAACUACGAUGCCCCCUCACCGCCUUCCUUCAAUAAGCCCCACCAAAAUGCCUAUGCCAUGCCAACUAACUACCAAAACCCCAUCAAAGGCUGCCCCUCCCAACAGAAGUACACCAACACGGCCCCUGAGUACGACCCCCACGUGUUACAAGGGAAUGGGGUGACCUACGGGACUCCCAGUAUGCAGGGAAGUCCCGUCUAUGUUGGAGGUAACUAUGUGGAUUCUAUGCCCACCUCUGGCCCGUCCCUCUACGGCCUCAAUCACCUGCCACAUCCCCAGGCAGCCAGCAUGGACUACAGCGGGCCUCCGCAGAUGCCUCCGAGCCAGCACCACGGACCAUGCGAGACCCACCCCACCUACACAGACCUUUCCACGCACCACGCAUCUUCUCAGGGCAGAAUCCAAGAGGCGCCCAAGCUGACCCACCUGUGAUAGGGAGCAGGGACAGGCUCGAGCCAACUGGAUGGGACCCAGACAUGGGACAGAAAGGAGGCGAAGAGGGCAGGACUGGCUUCAGAAGCAUUUGUGUCGAGCUAUUUAUUUAUUUUUUUUAUUUUGUUGAUGUUUUUUUCUUUCGUUCUUAGGUUUUUGUGCUUGCCGUUAUUAUUUCUGGGUUCCGUUAGGCACAAUUUCCAAUCAUUUCAGUAUUUACUGACAAAAGCAGCUUUCUCUCUGAAGAGAUAUACCUCCUGUGGGUCAACACAAAUGCUUCUGAAGCUGUUUUUGGGUAGAUUUGUGGGAAUCUAGCAGAUUUUUUAGCAGCAACAUCCUUAAUUUUCAAACAAACUACCGAUUACCAAUGGUAAUCCUUGGACAGUGGACAGCAGAAUAGCCAGCCAGCCAAAUCUUAAACAGUUGGUGUCUCUGCAUCUACAGAAACAUACACACCUGUCCACAUAGGAUAUCAAAAGAGAUUCCCAAGAAAACUAUCCUCCCCUUCAACUUCUUCUCUAGAAAAACGUUGUGCUUUCCUUUCCAGCCUUCUGAGGAAGGGCAUCCUUUUUUGAUGAGUAACUUCCCACAAAUCCCCACAUAAACUGCAAAUAUACACACCUGCCAACAUGUAGAAUUCACACUCUUUCCCUCUUACCCCACCUCCCCUCUCAAAAAUAAUUAAAAAAAAUAGAAUAAGAGAGGUCUAAGAAUUGCAAAAGGUUCAGGAAACAAGUUUCUGAAAUGCCUAAAAACCCACCCACACUAACAGCAGUCCAAAGAGAGGAAGAAAGAGUUGACAGGUCUGAAUAUUUUUCCACCUUUGCCACUGAUGAUGUGAAGUUUCCAUUUUUCCAUUUGAGACACCGUUGGCUGACUUUUUUUUUUUUUUUUUUUUUUUUUUGGGGGGGGGGGGAGCGGGGGGGAUUUUUCUUAGGGUUCAUUGACAGAAAAGCAAUCUUAAGACUUAGAAGUCCUAUGCUUCUUUACUCCUCUUCUCCUGACCUUACGUGAAAACAGGGUAUAUUUGAACAAAUGGAAUGUCCUCCAAUAGAAGCAGAAGUGAAUGGAUCUCUAGUAUUUGCUAAUGCUUUCUUGUCUGGACAUCUUUGUUGCACUUAGAGUUUACAUAUAAUGGGUAUAAAAACAACUUUGAAGGGCGUCCGUCCAACUCAGUCGAGAUGUCCUUCAAUAGGUGUGUGUUCUGGUGAACAUUCAUAUAUAUUUAUUGGUUAUAGCCAGUUUAAAAUAUUUUCCUUUUUGUAUUAUUUAUCCCCAAUAUUAUGUAUUUAUAUGAGGAAAAAAAAAAAAGAAUCAAAUUGUACUUUUUUAGUAUUUACUUGUUAUAAAGGACAUUGUGUUUCCUCGUCAUUGUACAACAAGCUUAUUUUAGUUAUUGUAAUUUAGAAAGACCAGUAGUUUUAUGUUACCUUCGUACUUAUGAAUAAUGUAAUUAGUUCUACUGGAGGCAUGAGAGCAGAACCAGCCUGUAAUUGUAUAGUCCCGGUUAGAAGAGCUAGAGCUGACCCCUCCCUCCCACCUCGCCCUCCUCUCCGGAGUUUUCUUUGUUCUUACAGUAGUUAUUUUAUUUCCUUGCUUAAGGGUCGUCUGUUGAGCAAUUCUUGAAUAAACUUUCUGUUAUCAAUUUUA